UAGCGGUGAUAUGUUAAGAUUAGGACGAUGUCGGAUUUGAAGCAAGCCGCUUGCAAGGCUAUAGACGAAUACGCCGAUGAGUUACAUACACUUAGCAAAGAAGUCUGGUCCCACCCUGAACUAAAUUUUGAGGAAUUUUACAGCCAUGACUAUUUAACAAAGUUUUUGGAGGACAGAGGCUUUCCUGUGGACCGGAAGUAUAAAUGUGACACAGCCUUCCGGGCAGUUCUUGGAGAGAGUUCUCAUGGUCCCCACGUGGCAGUUAUAUGUGAAUAUGAUGCUCUUCCUGGAAUUGGUCACGCUUGCGGACAUAACUUGAUCGCAGAGACGGGAGUAGCUGCAGGAUUAGGGAUAAAGGCGGCGUUUGAAGCUGCUGGAAAACCUUUAGGAAAGUUGUCUGUGAUCGGGACCCCUGCAGAGGAGGGUGGUGGAGGUAAAAUCGUCUUAUUAGAGCAGGGCGUGUUUGAUGGGAUUGACAUAGCGAUGAUGUCACAUCCGGCGCCAAUGGACGGACCCGCCAUAAGCUUUAACGCAAUACAAAGUUUAAUGGUUACAUACAAGGGUAAGGCGUCACACGCGGCAGCGUUUCCCUGGGAAGGCGUCAACGCUCUUGACGCAGCCGUGAACGCCUACCAGGCAGUGUCUAACUUACGGCAGCAGAUGAAGCCAACAUGGCGUGUUCAUGGAAUAAUUACAAAAGGCGGCACAAAACCUAACAUCAUACCAGAAGAAACAGAACUGGAGUUUAACAUACGAGCCCCUAAAAAACAGGAAGUGGACAUUUUGACGGAGAAGGUCAAGAGGUGCUUCCAGAGCGCUGCCACGGCAACCGGAUGUACAAUGGAACUAAAGUUUUCGGAAAGACCCUAUCUUGAUGUCAUUCAUAACAAAUCGCUACUGGGAGCAUUCGAAGAGAAUAUGAAGAUAGUGAAUCUUGGAAAUAGAAUUCCAGAAAAGGAAUUUCCGGCGGGCGGAUCCACAGAUAUGGGGAAUGUUUCCUACGCCGUUCCAAGCAUACAUCCAAUGUUUUAUAUUGGCAGCGAUGCACUCAAUCAUACACGCGAAUUCACAGCUGCAGCAGGUGAUCCUAUCGCCCAGCCUUACACACUGGCACAAGGGAAAGCACUGGCAAUGACUGCAAUAGACGUCUUCACCAAUCCUCAACUUCUUACACAAAUCAAGGAGGAUUUUACAAAAGACAUACGGGCUUCCUAAUGACACUACCUAGAAUUAAAAUAAUUUAUCCGAGGAGUUUUAAACAUGAU